AUGUUAAGCAAUGAUGAAGAAAUUUUACAACAGAGCUCUUUAGAAAUAGGACGAGACUCAAGAUUAAUAUCAAUCCUAAAGUCAGAAUCUAAAUUUCAAGAUUUUACUUUAAAUACAACUAUUCAAUCAAGAAUGAUGUCAACGGUUGAUUCAAGAGCAAAUAGUCUAAUUGAUGAUUUUUUCUUCAAAUAA